AUGCUAGAAACUAUUGUUGAAGUACAUGGAAUUGACCCUUCAUUUUGGGAGCUCCCGUCGUGCUUUUAUCAACGUGACGAUGACUUCGAAGAUGUAUUUUGUGUUCCUUACACCAUGCUCCGCAAAGGAUCAAUCAUAGAAAUUUCUUACACCCUCAGAUACCCAGAGUACAAAGCCAGUGGGGAGUGGACCACCAGACAGACCGGCAUUUACCACCAGCUGGACGUUUCAAAUUCUCGGAAUUUAUUCAUCAUAUUCAACCCAACGCCUCGAUCAAAAGUACACUGUGAAGUGGAGAGGGUACUGCGAGAUCAGUCCAUGUUGAUAAAAAGCGAACCGUUCUGGUUACAUCAAACACUUUUCUCGCUCUACUCCCCUUCUUGGAGGGACUAUAUCAGAUCAUUGGAGCGACGCUUUUUACCCAUCGCCAACACAGCAUUUGCAACAUUCAUCGACGAGCCGUUACGACUAAAUUACGACAAUCUUAGCGCGUUGAGUAACUUAGAGAUUCGCUUCCUCCAGAUUUCAACGAUCGUUGAAUCCACAACAGAAACUAUCGAUGGACUCUGUCAACUCUUCGAUGAACUGUCACGUCCCAAUUCUGAAGCUCAAAACUUGCGGAAUAUUUGUCGCAAAUGUCUGGUUUCCUCUCGAACAGCAACAAAUCUUAAGAAUAGAGUACAAAUAAUGGCUCGACUACUUUCCGAUACGCUGUUACUCCGCGAUCAAAUGGUUGCCAAUCAGCAGAACACGAAUAUGUUUCAGCUGAACAAGUCAGCCGUAUUCAUCACCACUUUGACGUUGCUUUAUCUACCCGCAUCAUUCAUGGCCACUUUCUUUGGAAUGAACUUCUUUGAUCUAGACCAGGAGAAAAAUCGUAUUGUUGGCUCUCCAACGAUAUGGAUUUUUAUUGUCGCUUCUACUGUGCUAACUGCGAUUACAUUCUUAUUCUACUAUUGGUUAUUACACCGUGACGGGACUGUGUUCCGCAAGCUUAUGCCAAAAGUGCCAGAUUUGAAAAUACAGACAUUGAGAAGACAGUGGACAAAUCUUACGCAGGGAGAUGUGGAACUUCAGAGGCUGUCAUGCUAG